AUGGUAACAUAAUAAACAACUAAGCACUGCCUCAAGUAAAAACAAAACACCAUGAUUCCACCAAAUGCAUCUUUAGUGAAAUACGAUAGUGCUGUACUAGUUAGUCGUCACACAGACAAAAAGACAUCACGGGCACGUAACCUGAGAACAGCUACAUCACCGCCAAUAUGUGCUGGACCAGUUCCAAGUCCACCCCCGAAACAGAAAUUGCCCAUAGCUGAGAGUAAGGUAGCUCAGCAGACAGACGAAGUUCUCAAUUCGAUUCUACCCCCAAGAGAAUGGACGGAAAAUGGUCAGCUAUGGGUCCAGCAAGUGUCCAGCACUCCAGCCACAAGGUUAGAUGUUGUAACUCUACAGGAAGAACUUGAUCGCCGUCUCCAGCAAAGACAAGCAAGAGAGACUGGAAUAUGCGCAGUACGUCGAGAACUCUACUCACAAUGUUUUGAUGAAUUGAUUCGUCAAGUAACCAUCAACUGCUCUGAACGUGGUCUUCUGUUGUUGCGUGUGCGCGAUGAGAUUCUCAUCUUAUGUUGUCCUCUGAUGACUCCUGUCAAAAGCCCACUUAUGAAUUUAACCAGUCGUAUGACCCAGUGUGUCCAUUAUCACAGUGAUUUAUCUUUAUCCAUUAUCCCCCCUAUUUCUAUUGAAGGCCUUGAAUUGGAAAAACGAGAGUUGGAACGGCAAGUGAACGAACUGAAGGCUAAAUGCGAGCAAAUCGAGAAGAGAGCAGCCGAACAGAGAAUGGUCGAAGAAAAGAAACAUGCAGAUGAAUCAAAUUUCCUAAAGAGAACCAUUGCACAGCUGAAGACUCAACUUGAAGGAAUUACCACUCCAAAGAAAUAAAUAAACCACCUUUUUUAGAAGAUGAAUUUGAUGAUGAUGAUGAUGACGACGAUGACGACAAAGAUGGUGGUGAUGGUGAUAAUGAUGAAGACAAGCCGGAGGAAGAUGUUUACAAUGAGGAUUCUAUGAAAAAUAACACCGAUUAAAUAACUCGCGUUUUGAAUAAAAAACAGAAAAUAUUUAAA